UUUAUAAGUCUUUCGCUGUUUCUAGGAAACGGUUAUGUGCGUUAUUGCAUAAUCGACUUAAAGUUGGAUGUGGUGGGGCUAAUAUUGUCGAUCAUGCCCUGAACGCAUGUUCUUGUUGUCUUCAGUUCCCUUUUUUUCCAGAAAAAUCCUGCUGUUAGUCUGGUAAUGCGACCUAUAGUUGGACGGAACAGAAAAAAGGCAAGAAGCCCCUAUAUUGCCAAAGUUAAUUUCUUGUAGUGUACUGUUUCGGGAUUCACAGUCUUCUUUGACAGAUGUACGCAUCUGAUGAGGAGCACAUUCAUACUAGAAAGCCUGUGCCACAAUAAAAUAGGUGACUCUCGGAGGUGCCACUGAACUCAUUUUGAAUUUGAAACAACAUACUAACUCGGCUACUUCCAGGUUUACUUUUGAAAGAGCCAUUGAUCUAAAAAUCGCCUCAUCACAGCGCCAGUGAAGCGGUGGUGAGAUGAGUUUUCCAUUAUGCUGCCACUAUUCGCCUCAUUGACAUUUGUGGAUUUUCGGAAUAAAAACGUGAUUUUUCCAUCUAUCAAUCUGAUGUAGAGAACAGUGAUUAUCGAAAAACAAUCCCACCAUAAUUUGUGUUCUUAUCCAGCGUUAACAAUCGUGGUUUUUGUUUUCCUUGAAGUAUUCACCUUUUUUUUGGAGCGAUUUAAUGCGAUGCUUUUAAAUUCGGGGUGGUUGUGUUAUGUGAAUUCGAUAAUGUGGUAUAUCGAAAUUUUAAUUUUUGGGUCAACAUUCUGCGCCAAAUCUAACGGUCACAAAGGACCUUUUGCGCAUGCUCUGGAUGAUUGAGUGGGCUGAUUCCGGGCGUGGAGCCGCCAUCGCUGAAGAGUCUUAAGUAGGCAGAAAGAAAAUCUGAUCACUACUGUCUCAAGGUGGGUUUUUUUUCCUCUGGUCACCGAUUCUACUGGAGGCCAUGGAAAACUCAAUCAAUGUCCGGACCGCGACAUGGCGUGAAAGAGAAAUUAUUGAUCUCUUGGACUUGUGGGGGGAGGACAAGAUCCAGGAGGCCUUACGCAGAUCGCAUAGGAACAUUGACUGUUUUCGAAAAAUUGCCAACCAAAUGGCUGCUCGUGGUCACAAAAGAUCUGCUCUUGAGUGCCGGAACAAGACCAAGAGUAUGAGACUUGAAUACAAGAGGGUGAUUGCCCAUAACGGCACAUCUGGGAAUGCGCCCACAACUUGCGCUUACUUCAGAGAGCUACACAGCAUACUAAGAGGGGACGCAAGUGUGAAGCCAAAGCGCAUCGCUCGUAGCCUAAAUCUUGCAGUGCAGGAAAGUUCCAAACAUCCAGAUGUUACACCUGCAGACGGCUCGGAAGAGCUCUUCAGUCAUGAUCUUGUCACUGUUGACUACGAACAGAUUCGGAGCUCGACGCCUGCACCUAGAGCACACAGCUCCAUGUCCACAGAAGAGGAAACGGACUGUGACCUGGAUCACACAAUAGAUGGCCUGGCAGACAAAGAGAACAUGGAGCCUUGCAAUGAUGCCCAGGAAGACUGGACAUCAGAUCCGGUUGUCCCUUCAUCUCCCAAGGAAUCAUGUCCAGGUGGAUAUCCUAUGGAUCUUGCUGAGCUGUCUCCGGGGACACGUCUCUCCAAAAUAAGAAAUAGAAAACGAAAAAAUGCAGCCUUGUUCGGAGUCGCAGACAGAAUGCUGAGCCAGGCAAAGGAGGUUCACCGUGAGCAGCUUGACGAAUGGAGAAUUGAAAGGAAAGAGACUGUUAAGUGGCUCGAGGAGGACAAGAGGGUGCAGAGGGAAUUUCUAGAGGAGACUCGGCAGGAGAGGAGUGAUCUUAGGGCUUCCUGGAGGGAGAAUCUCGAAGUUAUGAAAACAGCGGUCAGCACAUUACAGACACUGGGUGAGAUAAUGGUACAGCAAAGGCUGAGUAACGCUCCCUCUGAAUUGGGAAACACUCAACAGGAAUCCCAGACCACAGCAACAAGAAAUGUUAAUGUGAGGCGUGCUUGUGUCGGUAGGGCAAGGGACAGGUUAACUUUGUAGCAUCGGCAAAAUGAAAAAUAAAAAUAGUUAUUGAUUGGUGGUCAGGUUACAUCCCGAUAGUUUUCUUUCCCACUUUGAGAUGAGAUGAUGAAGGGAUGGUUUUUUGGAAAAUGAGCCCUCUUUGUGGCUUUGUCAGUUCAUUUUUUCGAUUACAAAUUGGAAUAACAAGUCAGACAAAGUUGAAGUCUGGAAAAAGGUCUUUGUUGUCACACAAUAAAAACUAUGUACAUGUUAACAGUUA